AUGACUAUUCUAACUACAGGCUGGUUCAGCUGUGGCCGGCUCCAGCUGGUCCGGAGCAAGACAGCCCUCCUGCUCUGCUUCUUCUCUGGCAUGGCCCUGGUCUAUCUCUUCUACUUCUACGACAACUACACUCCUGUUCCACCGCCGGCACUUCAAGAAGCCGUCAGGAUACCCCAGGCUGUGGUCCUCCCCAAGACCAAAUGGGACAGAGUAGGCUGGGUCAAGCAGCUGGAGCCAGACCAUGCUAACACAAUGGCUAGAUGGAACCCCUUUGUCUACUCUGUGGAUGGUGAUGAAAGAUAUACCCUGCGCACACCCAAGAAUGUAGGCCGUGAAGCCAUGGUGUACCUCUCCUUCAUCAUAGACUACUACCACUCCCUGCCAGAGGUGAUAGCAUUCACCCACAGUGCCAACAAGCAAUGGCACAACGACUUCAAGGGCCGCAAGACAGUCAAGAUCCUCUCUGCCCUGCAGAUCCAGGCAGUCAAGCGGAAAGGAUACGCCAAUCUGCGCUGUCUCUGGGAGCCGGGCUGUCCGACCUCACUCAACCCGCUCAGCCCGACUGAGAUAGACAUACGCGGGCAGAAUGAACGAGCCCACCUGCCGGAAAUAUACAUGGAGCUGUUCAACGUCAGCCGGAGCGAGGUGCCCGAGCAUAUUGGUGGAGUGUGCUGUGCUCAGUUUGCGGUGACGAGGGAGAGAGUGCAGAAGCGGCCCCUGGAGGAUUAUGUGAGGAUGCGAGAGUGGGCUUUGGACGCCCGAUAUACGAGUUUCGGAGUUGGAUGGGUAUUUGAGCAGAUCUGGCAUAUCAUCUUCAUGGAGGAGGCCAUCCACCAGAACAAACGGCCACGAGAACAGCACAUUCAAAACCAAUGGAUUCAGUCAGGUAGUUAUUUGGCAGCCACAGCACAGCAGCGAAUCACCCAGGGGAAGACCAUAGAAGGACCCUGGGAGGAUCUCCAGCUAUCAAGCAGGAGGACUCGAGAAGGGCUUGGGAGUACGGGAGUACAGGCGUUGCAUGGCAUUGCUGGUUCAUUUGCAUAG